UCGAGGCUCAAGGCACAAAAAGUUUCCUUCUGCCGGGAAGGCCCAGCAGUUUUCUGGAUGAUGCUAGUCUGAAGGUUGCUUCUGUCAAAGUGCAUCCUCUGGCCGGGCAGAGAGCCGGUCGCGAGAUGACAAGUCGGAACAAUCGGACGCGACAGCCCUCACGUGGAUGUAAAAUGACACGCGCCCUCGUUCUGCCCUUUUUGCCGUUGAUGUUUGCGACAUUCGCUGGUGGCGUGGGCGGCAAAUCAAUCCUCAUGGUCACCAUGGGGGGCACCAAGAGUCACACGGUGCCCUUUGCAGCACUCAGCAGGGCGCUUGCUGCUCGAGGACAUAACAUCACCAUGAUGAGCGCUUUCCCUGGCGUCGCAGAAGACGCCGGGGCUGAAGAGCUCUGUCCCGAUGGCUUGGUGGGGUACGUGAAGGACUUUACUAAGGACUGGGACCUACUGGGAAGCAGAAUGCAUGGAGAGCCACCCAUAUCACCAUGGCGUGCCUUGCAGUACGGCUACCAAGUUUGCGAGGCCACUCUUUCCGAUCCAGAGAUGCAACAAUUUAUGAGAUCUGGACGGGUUUUCGACCUUCUAGUUCUAGACGGCGCAUACAGUGCGUGUGCCCUUGGUUUGGUGCAUCACUUUUCCGCACCCUACAUGCUUAUCAACACCGUAGGCCUCUACCUAGCACCCCUCGCCGCACUGGGAAACCCAGAGCCCUUUGCGAUCACGCCCUUCUUCAACAGUGGAUACACCGAAAACAUGAACAUUCUGCAACGAAUGGCCAAUGGCGCUGUUCAUCUCUUCUGCAGGUCUCUUCACUGGAUCCUCAUCUCCACCACCAUUCAGCCAACUCUGAACAGACUCUUGGGCCCAGGAGUGCCGUCCGUGUUGACAAUGCAGAGGAACGCUAGUUUCGUCUUGCAGAAUGGCCACUCGUCGCUGACCUACUCGAGAGCGUAUUUGCCGCACGUGGCCGAGGUCGCUUGUCUUCACUGCAGACCUCCAAGACCGUUGCCUCAGGACCUGGAGCGUUUUGUGUCUGAAUCGGGUCCCGAGGGCACCAUCGUGGUCAGCAUGGGCUCCAGCGUCAAGGCAGCCGCGAUGCCAGCCGCACUGCGUCGCGUGUUUGUGGCAGCGUUUGCCAAACUCCGGCAAAGAGUUAUUUGGAAGUGGGAGCACGGAUACAAUUCCAGCUUCCCCGAGAAUUUGCCUGCGAACGUCCAUCUGGUCCAGUGGCUGCCGCAGCAGGACCUCUUGGGGCAUCCAAAAGUGGUGGCUUUAGUAUCUCACGGAGGUUUGCUGUCAAUGUUUGAAGCCGCUUAUCACGCUAAACCAGUGAUCAUGCUUCCUGUCUUUUGUGACCACGACGCAAACGCAGCUAAAGCGGCUGCUGAUGGAUACGCAAUCAAGAUAGAACUGCAGGGUAUAACCGCCGAUCUUCUUGCUGCCGCAAUCAACAAAGUUAUAAAGGAUCCCAGAUACAGGCAAAAAGCAGAGCUGCAUUCAUCGUAUUUGCACGACCAGCCAAUUACCCCUUUGAAAAGUGCCGUAUAUUGGACGGAGUACAUUCUCAGACAUAGGGGCGCACCAGAGCACUUGCAAGGUGCGGCGAUGCGUGAUCUGAGUGUGAUCCAAUGGCUCUAUUUGGACGUCCUGGCUCUGCUGUUGAUAGCGUUCUGUGCCAUUCGGCGAAUCGCUGCGCUGAUUAGUAAAAGUGCCUCUUGCGUGAACUGCAUAGCCAAGAAAUUAAAGCAGCACUAAAUUAUUUAUUAUUGGUGUUUGUAUCUCCUGCGACUGAUGUAUUUUAAAUUAUUUAAUAUGUGACUUGCUACCAUGAAAAAAUUUUUCUACCAUUUACAAGAUUUUUAUUUUUUACUAAUUUAGAAUGUAUGAAAUAAUAAUAUUUAAAAUUAGGCAAAAAAAGGUUAUAUUUUUUAACAAUUCGUUAAAAAAACUUAAAUAUAUUAACACAUUUUCAGUGUAAAAAAUGACAUAAACAGAUUGCUGAUGUGCAUAUAAUUUUUUAAACACUGUAAGAAUCAAGGAAUUGUAAUAAAUCUUC